UGAAAAAUCCUAAUUUUUGUUUCUUUAUAUUUUGUUUCAAGGGAUAAAUUGAUUUAAAAAAAACUAAACUAUGAUUUACUUCAAUCUUAAGUUAACUUUUAGGUUCUACAGUUGAUUGGAGAGAGUACAGUUGCUGGUAUUUCGGGUGUAGAUACCUUCAGGGAAAACUUGUCUUCUUCUAUCAGCAACAUGAGCAAUGUGCAAGAGGCUUCUUGUACAAAUGAUGGAGAUGCUGAUGCUUCAAGUAGUGGUAAUUUGGCAGAAUCAGCACCAUCUGCUACACUUGUUAAUACAAGUAACUCUGAAAAAAGAAAACGGACGGUCAGUGAACCAUUAGAUAAAUAUCAAGAACUUCUGGAUAUUGAAAGGAAGAAAUGCAAAUUUCUAGAAGAAAUUCUCAACACGCAAAAACAACAAAAUGAAAAUCUUGGGGCAAUUUCAAACGAAUUGAAGCGUCUGACUGACAUUAUUGCAUGCAAAAGUAGCAUUGAAAACCUGAUCGAACUUUAA